AUGAGGAUUGUGCAAAGUCCUAAUGAUUUUGUUGACUCAUUCUUGGGAGCACAACGUGAGGCUGCUGCUUCUUUCGGCAUAAAUACCAUCUUGCUGGAGAAAUAUAUUACGAAGCCAAGGCACAUAGAAGUCCAGGUAUUCGGAGACAAACAUGGUAACAUUAUACAUUUGUAUGAGAGAGAUUGCAGCGUGCAGAGAAGACAUCAGAAGAUAAUUGAAGAAGCUCCAGCUCCAAACGUCAUCAGUGAGUUCCGCUCCCACUUGGGUCAGGCUGCUGUAUCUGCAGCCAAGGCAGUUGGUUAUCACAAUGCUGGCACUGUGGAGUUUAUUGUUGAUACUCUCUCAGGGAAGUUUUAUUUCAUGGAGAUGAAUACCCGUCUUCAGGUUGAACAUCCUGUGACUGAGAUGAUUGUUGGUCAAGAUCUUGUAGAGUGGCAAAUACGUGUUGCAAAUGGAGAACCUCUUCCGUUGACUCAAUCGCAGGUGCCGUUAUCAGGUCAUGCUUUUGAAGCCCGGAUAUAUGCUGAAAAUGUUCCGAAAGGAUUUCUUCCAGCAACUGGAGUUCUUCACCACUAUUGUCCUGUUCCAGUCUCAUCUACAGUUCGGGUUGAUACUGGAGUUGAGCAAGGGGACAUUGUGAGCAUGCAUUAUGAUCCCAUGAUUGCUAAGCUUGUAGCAUGGGGAGAAAAUCGUGCCACUGCAUUAAUCAAUAUGAGGGACUGCUUAUCAAAGUUUCAGGUUGCAGGUUUGCCAACCAAUAUAGAUUUUCUCUUGAAGCUUGCUAACCAUGGGGCAUUUGAGAAUGGUGAAGUUGAGACACAUUUUAUUGAGCACUUUAGGGAUGACUUAUUCAUUGAUCCUAGUAAUUCAGAAUCAGCACAAGAAGCAUAUGAUGCUGCUAAACACAAUGCAGCCCUGGUAGCUGCUUGUCUUUGUGAAAAGGAACUUGCAGCUGUAAGGGAAAGUUCUCCUGGGGGCCUCUCUAUAUGGUAUGCUCAUCCCCCUUUCAGAGUCCAUCAUAAUCCUAAGCGUACAAUGGAACUUGAGUGGGACAAUGAAUACAAUAACAGUAGCUCACAGAGUUUGUCGUUUUCUAUAACUUAUCAGCCAGAAGGGAAGUAUCUCAUUGAGACAGGAGAAAGUAGUUUCCGUGGUAUGGAAGUUAAGGUUGCACACCUAGGCAACCAUGAUUUCAGAGUGGAACUUGACGGCAUAAUCAUGACUGUCAGUCUAGCUGUUUAUUGCAAGGAUCAAAACGAGCACAUCCAUAUGUGGCAUGGGUCACAACAUCAGCAUUUCAAACAAAAACUGGGCCUUGAUCUCUGUUAUGAUGAAGAAACCCAGCACAAACCUGCUUUUGAAACAGCAUCACACCCUCCAGGAGCUGUGGUGGCUCCCAUGGCUGGUUUAGUGGUUAAAGUUUUGGCAAAGGAUGGGACGAAGGUUGAGGAAGGGCAACCUAUAGUAGUCUUAGAAGCGAUGAAGAUGGAGCAUGUUGUAAAGGCGCCAACAGCUGGUUAUGUCAGUGGGCUUCAAGUUACAGCUGGCCAACAAGUUUCUGAUAGUAUCGUUCUAUUCAGUGUCAAGGUGGAGUGAAAAUGUUGGCGAGGUUCUGCUUUCAUGAGAAAUCUUACAUUACAUAGGUAGAACUUGUGUUCUGAGGUUGUUGUAAACAGAAAGGGGUCAUUUGAUCUUGUAAUUCCUCAUGAGGAAAGGAAAGUAAAUCAUUGGAUGGUUUGAUCAGAUCUUUUUUAUUGUUACAGAGGCGUCACCUUAUUCAGGUUGUGGUGGGUGUAGACCAAGACUGGUCGUGGCCGUGGCCAUGGCCAGUUGGCUCUCUUAUUUGGAUGCAAAUGCAAACAAGCUUGAUAAUUAAUUUU